UUGAGCAAUAGAAAACCAAAUCAUUUCCUUACCCAAAUGGAGCAACUCAAGUGCGUGUUCCAAGACGGCCCGAUCAUCGUAGGCGCCGGGCCCUCUGGCCUCGCCGCCGCCGCCUGCCUCCACCGCAGCGGCGUCCCCUCCCUCCUACUCGAGCGCAGCGACUGCAUCGCAUCUCUAUGGCAGCACCGCACCUACGAUCGCCUCAAGCUUCACCUCCCCCGCCAAUUCUGCGAGCUUCCAUUCCUCAAUUUCCCUAAUUAUUUCCCCAAAUACCCCUCCAAGCACCAAUUCGUCUCCUACAUGGAGGAUUACGCCCGCCAUUUCUCAAUUCGACCCAAUUUCAAGCAGACAGUGCUCUCGGCCCGGUUUGAUUCAGUCACGGGGCUCUGGAAGGUCCAGACGAUGGAUUCAAUUUACGUUUCUCGGUGGCUUAUUGUGGCUACUGGUGAAAACGCCGAGCCCGUGAUUCCAGAGAUUCACGGGAUAGGGAAGUUUAAAGGGCCCGUGAUUCACACGAGAGAGUACAGGUCGGGCUCGGAGUUUGCGGGGAAAAAAGUGCUCGUCGUCGGCUGUGGGAAUUCCGGGAUGGAAGUGAGCUUGGAUCUCUGCCGCCACCGCGCUUCUCCCUCCGUCGUCGUCAGAAAUUCCGUUCAUAUAUUGCCGAGGGAAAUGUUGGGUGUUUCGACGUUUUCAAUGGCGAUGGUGUUGCUGAAAUGGCUACCGUUGAAGGUGGUCGAUAAGUUUCUCCUCCUCGUUGCGAAUUUCGCCAUGGGGAACACGGCUAGAUUGGGCCUCCGACGCCCCAAAACCGGCCCUAUUGAGCUCAAAAACGCCACCGGAAAAUCGCCCGUGCUCGACGUCGGCGCCUUCUCUCUUAUCAAAUCCGGACAAAUUGAGGUCGUUGAAGGAGUGAAGGAGAUAACAAAGAAUGGUGCAAGAUUUUGUGAAGGCAAAGAACGGGAAUUCGACUCUAUAAUUCUUGCUACGGGGUAUAAGAGCAAUGUGCCGACUUGGCUAAAGGGAGAUGAUUUCUUCACAAAAGAUGGAAUGCCAAAGACACCUUUCCCUUGUAGUUGGAAGGGAGAGAACGGAUUGUAUGUGGUCGGGUUCACGAGAAGGGGGCUUCUCGGAACAUCAUCCGAUGCCGUUAAAGUUGCUAAAGACAUCGCGGAUCAAUGGAAGAAGAUUGAUAACAGUAAAUAUUCAGCAAAAGAAUUGAAGUUAGAUAUAUUGGGUAAAAUUAGAGAAAAUCUCGAUCGCGAAGAAACUUUUUAAGCUUUUUUUGUACUUUUUGUUUUGUAAAUCAUUCAGUUUUGUUUGGGGGGGAAUUGUAAGAAUG